GAAGUUGAAAAAGCUGGGCAUGAUAAUUUACCUGCAAAAAGUGUGGUAUUUUAUUCUCGCAAUAAUGUAAAAACUUUGUAUAAAAUAGUUGCAGGAAAUCAAGAAAGUAAAGAUAAAGCAGUAACAUGUGAUCUAAAAGAAUGUACUCUUUUUAUAUUAGAUGUGACAGAGGAACUUAUUGAAUUAGGCUAUAAAGGUAGGAUCAAUCGUAGUGAUAUUAUUGAUAUUUUUUGUUGCGCCAAAACUAUUCAUAUUACAUCAUGUAGAUUUGACCAACUGAGAACAUAUCAAAAAGAUUAUGAAAGACGACCAGUAUUAAAAUUAACAAAAGAUGAAGCAAAACACUUAUUUGAUGACCUAGUAGUUCGUGGAAUAAUUGUAACUGAUAUUAUUAUUGCUCAUAUGACAGAUUUUAUUUAUUUUAUCAAACAAAGAAAAGGUGUAGAAAUUGCAUAA